AACCUCCUCUCGCUACCUACCUCCCUCCAUUCUCCCCAACGCCACUUCCUUUAUAUUAAUGACAUGUACACUUUUCCUUUCAUUUCCUUCUCUCUCUAACACACUCUCUCCUUCUUCUCUUCAUCUCUUUCUCUCUCUCUCUCUCUCUCUCUCUGUGUUCUUCUUCUCUUGGUUGGUUGGUGCUAGCCAUUCCCAUAAUUAUCUGGUGCACAGAAAAGCAAUCUCUUUGAGUCGACAGACAUAGAGAGAAGAUUAAUUAUUAUAUCGGAAACCAAAGGGGAAAACACAGAGAGAGAUUAAUAUCCACAUACACACCAUGGUUUCUGUUGCUUCUUCUGUUGAAACUCCCAAACCAGAAAUCUCUCCCAAGAUUAAUUCAGAGCCUGCGGCAGCUGCUGCAACAACUCCUCCUCCUCCUCCUCCUCCUCCCAAGAACCAGCUGCCCCAGCAAGAUGACACCAUCCAUGUCUUCAAAUCUAAAUUGCCUGACAUCCCCAUCUCCAACCAUGUUCCGCUCCACACCUAUUGCUUUGAGCGCUCUUUGGUGGAAUUCCCGGACAGACCCUGCUUGAUCGUGGGCUCCACCGGAAAGACCUACACUUUCGCAGAAACCCACCUCAUUUCCUCAAAGAUCGCUGCAGGCCUUUCUACACUUGGAAUCAAAAAAGGAGAUGUUAUCAUGAUCCUUCUCCAAAACUGCGCCGAGUUCGUCUUCGCAUUCAUGGGAGCUUCUAUAAUCGGAGCCGUCUCCACCACCGCAAACCCCUUCUACACGGUGCCCGAGAUUUUCAAGCAGUUCAACGCCUCCAAAUCGAAACUCAUCAUCACUCAAUCUCAGUACGUCGACAAGCUCCGAGAACCGGGCGGCGGCCAAUACCCCAAACUCGGCCAAGAUUUUAAGGUCAUCACCAUCGACGACCCUCCCGAGAAUUGUCUAGACUUCUCGGUGAUUUCCGACGCCAACGAGAACGAAUUUCCGGAGGUUGUUAUCGACGCGGAAGACCCGGUGGCCCUGCCCUUCUCAUCGGGAACAACGGGGCUUCCGAAAGGGGUUGUUCUGACACACAAGAGCUUAAUAACCAGCGUGGCCCAACAAGUGGACGGGGAUAAUCCCAACCUGUACUUGACGGAGGAGGAUGUGGUGCUGUGCGUGUUGCCAAUGUUUCACAUAUUCUCAUUGAACAGCGUGCUGUUGAACUCCCUCAGAGUUGGUGCAGCGGUUUUGAUAAUGCACAAGUUUGAGAUAGGAGCUCUGUUGGAGCUGAUACAGAGGCACAGGGUCUCGGUGGCGGCGGUGGUUCCGCCUCUGGUUCUUGCGCUGGCGAAGAAUCCGAUGGUUGACAAGUUCGAUCUCAGCUCCAUCCGACUGGUGUUAUCGGGGGCCGCACCUCUCGGGAAGGAGCUGGAGGAGGCACUGCGGAACAGGGUUCCUCAGGCAGUUCUUGGCCAGGGAUACGGGAUGACAGAGGCAGGGCCAGUGCUAUCAAUGUGCUUAGGAUUCGCGAAGCAGCCAUUCCCAACCAAGUCCGGGUCAUGUGGGACUGUGGUUAGAAACGCAGAGCUCAAAGUGGUCGACCCUGAAUCCGGUUGCUCCCUUGGCUAUAACCAACCCGGAGAAAUUUGCAUCCGCGGUUCUCAGAUUAUGAAAGGAUAUCUGAACGACGGUGAGGCCACGGCUAACACAAUAGACGAAGAUGGUUGGCUUCACACCGGAGAUAUUGGUUACGUGGACGAUGACGAUGAGAUUUUCAUUGUGGACAGAGUCAAGGAGAUCAUCAAAUUCAAAGGCUUCCAGGUUCCACCGGCUGAGCUGGAGGCCCUGCUCGUUGGGCACCCCUCAAUUGCAGAUGCUGCUGUGGUCCCGCAAAAAGAUGAAGUUGCCGGUGAGGUUCCAGUUGCAUUUGUGGUUCGAUCCACAAAUGGUGUAGAACUUACCGAAGAAGCUGUCAAGGAAUUCAUAUCAAAACAGGUGGUGUUCUACAAGAGACUCCACAAGGUCUACUUUGUUCAUGCAGUUCCAAAGUCUCCUUCCGGAAAGAUUUUAAGAAAAGAUCUGAGAGCCAAGCUAGCCACCGCUUCCCCUUCUGCCUGAAAAAUUUUUAUUAAUAUUAUCAUUAAUAUUAAUAAUAAUUUCAAAUCACAUAAAGCAUGCGUCUUGAUUUGUCCUUGAUGUAUUAAUUUAUCUCCAUAUGUAAAACAUAAAAUUGAUUGGCCGUGAAUUCAAAUGAAACGAAGGUGAUAAAAUAUUGAAUCCCUCAUCAUAAAUCA